CUCGUAAUGUAGCAUUGUAGGUCGGAACUCCACGCGGGGACUGGACUGUUGGAAGGUCAUAAAAAGCCCCGCUGUUCCGCAGCAAGGAACGGGGUUGCCAAGUCUCCUGUUGCUCUAUUUGGUCUGCAUCAUAUCAAUCUCAAAGGGUGAACAGAUCCGGACGAACUUCAUUCGAUCGCUGGCUUAAGAUGACGUUCGAGCUACAGAGUCACAUGCUCCGAAGGUUGUCGCCAACAUCGGCGUUGAACCUUGCUGCGUACGUUGUCGUGCUGGGCAUCAUCUACAUCGCAUACAAGGCCAUUUAUGCCGUCUACUUUCACCCUCUGAGUUCUUUCCCAGGGCCUACGAGCUGGGCCGUCUCUCAAAUCCAGUAUGUGCGACACUCUGUAGCUGGAAACAUCAUCAGGACGCAGCUCGAACUUCAUCGAAGGUACGGCAAGGUUGUGCGGAUUGGCCCCAAUGAACUCUCGUACUGCGAAGCGGCGGUGUGGAGGGACGUGUGGGCUUACCGAAAGGGGCAUGAGGAGUUCUCGAAAACCUCCCUACAGAUUGUUGUUCCGCCGAAUGGAACCUACGGAAUCUUGGGUGCCAGCAGGAUGGACCAUCGUCGAGUCCGAAAACUGUUGUCGCAUUCGUUCUCGGAAAAGGCAAUGAGAGAGCAGCAUCCGACCAUCAAGAAACAUGUGGACCUCCUCGUCGACAGAUUGAGAGAACGCGCUGGGAAGGAGCCCCAGAAUAUAGUUGAGUGGUUCAACUGGACGACCUUCGAUGUCAUAGGUGCCUUGGCCUUUGAUCAAUCCUUCAACUGUCUGGAACAUGGGCAGACGCACCCUUGGAUCAAAGCAAUCUUCGGCAGCGUCAAAGCCGGCGUCUUCUUUUCCGCCAUGAAGCGCUUAGGUCUGGACUGGCUCGCUCACCACCUCGUCUCCAAAGAGGCAGUUCAGUUGAGGAACGACAACUUUGCAUACUCGCAGGAUAAAAUAAAGGAAAGGCUGGAAAGGGCGGAUCGGUGCGGCGACUUUUGGGACAACGUGCUUCAACACAGCCACGAAGAGGGAGGGAUGACGAUGCGCGAGAUGACUUCCACGGCGGCAAACAUCGUGCUUGGAGGAAGCGAAACCACGGCAACCCUGCUCUCUGGGUGCGUAUACCUGCUUUUGACACACCCCAAAGUGAUGAGCAAGGUGGUCGCCGAGAUACGAGAGGCCUUUCCUACUUCAGACGACAUAGAUCUAUUCACCGUGACGGACCUAAAAUACACACUUGCCGUCUUGGAUGAGACGAUGCGAAUCUACCCGCCAGUUCCAGAGCACGCUUUGCGCGUCGUUCCGCCCGGGGGAGACACGGUACAUGGCCAGUAUCUUCCUGAAGGCACCAUGAUACACUUUCCUCAAUUAGCAGCCAAUCGUCUCGAGUCUAACUUCACGAGGCCUGAGGAGUUCAUACCGGAGCGCUUCUUGGGCGACGAAGCCUUUGCUGACGACAACUACGACGUGCUGCAGCCUUUCUCUGUGGGCCCGAGAAACUGCAUUGGAAAGAACCUGGCGUAUGCGGAGAUGAGAUUGAUCUUGGCUAAGAUGCUGUGGAAUUUCGACUUUGCUUUGGUGAAGGGACAAGAUGAUUGGAUGGACCAGAAAACGUUUACCUUGUGGGAGAAGCCGCCGCUGAUGGUAAAUGUCAAGAAGCGUGGCGGCACUUGAACUCCGCUUCGUCGUAUGGAUGUUGGACCUGGGACAGCAGCAAACAU